CAGGCGGCGGGCCGCGCAGAGUGAGAGGCUCUUUUGUUCGGCUGAGGGGAGGGCCGUUGGCGGGGCCUGCGGUACGCUGCUUCAGCGGGACGACCGACUUGAGGCCACACGGCUUUUUGCUCCUCUGGCCGCUACUCCCUCGGACCGCCCGACGAAACGCGCGGGUAGCGCGGCACCGAUUCCUCUCUGACUCUCGGGCGCUGCUACGAGCAGUGUCACCCUUCACACCAGAAAGCUGGCGGGUACCAUGGGGAAAAAACAAAACAAGAAGAAAGUGGAGGAGGUACUAGAAGAAGAGGAAGAGGAAUAUGUGGUGGAAAAAGUUCUUGAUCGGCGAGUUGUCAAGGGCAAGGUGGAAUAUCUUCUUAAGUGGAAGGGUUUCUCGGAUGAGGACAACACUUGGGAGCCAGAAGAGAAUCUGGAUUGCCCUGACCUAAUUGCUGAGUUUCUACAAUCCCAGAAAACAGCUCAUGAGACAGAGAAAUCAGAGGGAGGCAAGCGCAAAGCUGAUUCUGAUUCUGAAGAUAAAGGAGAGGAAAGUAAACCAAAGAAGAAGAAGGAAGAGGCUCUACCCAUCUGGUUUUUACAGUCAGAAAAGCCACGAGGGUUUGCCCGGGGUUUGGACCCAGAACGGAUUAUUGGAGCUACUGACUCCAGUGGAGAGCUCAUGUUCCUGAUGAAAUGGAAAAACUCUGAUGAGGCUGACCUGGUCCCUGCCAAGGAAGCCAAUGUCAAGUGCCCACAGGUUGUCAUAUCCUUCUAUGAGGAAAGGCUGACGUGGCAUUCCUACCCCUCAGAGGAUGAUGACAAAAAAGACGACAAGAAUUAGCCGGGUUGAGUACCAGCCCCUGUCACCUCUGACUGUGGGUUUCAAGGGGGAGGGAAGGAGUUGUCUUGACACCAUAGAGGUGGCUUGAGAAGAUGUCCUUUGAAGAGCCAGCAUAGUUUGUGUGUCCUGCAGCAGCCCAAGUGCUUUAAAUUGUUCAAGCUGUGUAGUUUGCACACCCAUCCCAGUGGAGGGGAAAGGGUAAGUGUUUCAAGGCAACCUGUUCUGCGAUUUGCUAAGAAGCGGUAGGCCUUCCAUGAAGGACAAAACCUGCAGAACUGGGGUGUGGGAAAGCAAAAAUACUGUCGAUCUUCAAAGAACAUCUCCACAACCCACAGCCUUCUUCCCAAUAGUGUUAACUUCAUUUUUACAGCCUAGCAUGUGUGUAGUUUUUGGCUAUUACUGGUAUAUUAAUUGGGGGGGUGGGAGGGUUGGGACAGGGAGGAAGGGAGAUGGGUAGAAUCAUUUUGGUUAAAAUUUGGGGCCUGAUUGGGGAAAUGAUGAAACAGUAGAACAGUUAACUAAUCAAUUGGUUCUAUGUUCAGAAUAUUUUGCCUUUUCAAAAAAAAAAAAAAUGUCAUUGGCACCAUAAAUAAGGACUAUGAAAGACUGUUUUGAGUCUGUUAAUCCUAAAACCUAUAGCCAAGGUGCUCCCAACCUGAGCUCAAAGUGGCCCACAAAGGACAAAGCCAGUUCUGAGUUACCAAAGCUGCCAUUUGAUGAUGGAAACUGACUGGAAAGGGAAAGGGUAUUGGCGAGUAUAUAGAGGCAGACUGCUCUGCCUUAGAGGUGCUAAUUCUUGAAGUUGGAGGGAAAAAACCUUUUUCCAAUUAUAAAGUUACAAUGUCAGUUUGUCCAUCUAAGCCAUUGGCUCGAGUAUUGCAGGAGGGCCUGUGGGGAUGGGAGAGGAGAGCCUCUACUCUUAGGGUGGAAACUCUUGGAGCCCCCACCUCUCUUUUUGUUUUUGUUUUUUGUUCUUUUGUUUUUGUUUGGGGGGUAUAUUUCUUUUGUUUUUUUUCCAACUUUGAACCCUGAAACUGCUUGUGGCAGGUUCAGUUACUAACAGCACAAAUUCCAUUGAGUCAAUUCAAGGAUUGAAUGACUUCACAAGCCCUGGUCUCAGGAGAUUAACUUUCAUAUUGGGGUAAUGGUUCACUUGAGAAUACAAAAUCUUCAGAUUAACUGAUGUCUAAAAUACUGUCUUGAAUCAUGAGAUCCAUCAAUUUUUAGUAUUGUUUAGACCUGCAAAUAGAACUACAUUGUAAAAUCUUAUUUAGCAUGUGUUAAGAUGUAUGUAAAAAUUUCUUUUUAAGUGUAAACUUCAUACCAUCCUGUCAGUUUUUGUCUUAAUAAAAUUAUAGAUUUCUAA